UUCUUUAUGAGUAUAUGAUAAUACACAAAUAAACAAGAUCCUUUCUUCCUCCUCGCAGAGUCUUCAGGGCCGGCUCCCUAUUACUUCCAUUUACCAUUUGGCCAUACAAAGGUACAACAUACAUGCAAAAAGCUGGACUUCUCUCCUAACCUUGGCAUCAUCUUCUCAUAUAUCCACCCACAUACCAAUAUCACGAAACCCUCACAAUGUCCCAAGAGAAACAGCCCAUCGAACUGUCGAAGCGGACUCGAAGUCCCUCACCAGCACCAACCUACCGUUCAACUCUGGAACCCAAAGAUGAUGUAUUCACUCCAUCCUCUUCCUCCAAAACCCCCCUCGACCAUCUAUCAUACGCCCUCGACAGCAAACAUCAUCACCACCAAGACUACAAAGAAAAAGAACACGAUCACACAUUCACCCCCACCGCCGAACCCUUCGACAAAUCCCACCCACACUACGCCCCUCCCAAAUCCCCUCCCCCUCCCCCAUCACCACCCUUCCCAUCUCCAUCUCCUCCCAAACGCUCCCGCACCCCCCGCCUCGCCCCCUGGAUCCCCUGGCUCCUAACCCUCAUCUUCUUCCUCACAACCCUCUGGUUCAUCUCCAUAGCCCUCGGCUCGCGUCUCCUAAUCCACAUCCUACAGCCCUCGUCAUCGCCCAUCGGCGCCGCCGAGAUCAACAUCCAGAUCAACGGCGUCGACUUCUCGCGCGAUCCGAGGGUCUCUAUGUCUGUCGUUACGUUGGCGCCCACGCCUACGACGACGGCGACACGUGGAGUAGGGGGGCAAGAGAAUGGGAAUCCGGGUACGACGGCUGCGCCGGCGCUCACGCCGCCAGAUGCAACGCCGGAUGGGCCGAGUGUUAGCAAGGCGCCGCAGAGGAAGAAGGACGCUCAUGAGAGGAGGGGCCCGAAGGAGAAGUUCUGGAGUAGGGUUGUGCAGGAGCGGGUUGCGAGGCCGCGGGAAACGGGUGCGGUUGAGGGGCGAGAGGAAAGGGAGGCGAGGGGGUGGAAGAGGGGAGGGGAGAUGUCGGGGGUUGUGGUUGUGGAUGGGGUGGCUGGAGGGGAGGGAGGAGUGGAGAGGAAGGAUGUCGUGCAGGCGAAGAGGAGGCUUUGUGGGAAGAGAUUUAGAUGUUCUCACUGAAAAAGUGCUGUGAAUGGACUCUCAGGCAUUGGUUUUCUUAUGUCACUGGGUAUGGUGCUAGUAUGAUUUCCGGAACUCCUUUACUACAUGUCUCUCAUGAACGGUAUGUAGCUGAAUGUCGAACUUGAUGAUUUAUGAACCCAGCACCGAUAUAGCUAUCAAAUACAUUUUAUGUCCAAAUUAUGGCUGCAAUGCACAAUCCCUCUCGUGGUAGCUUUAGUUGAUCAAUUUUCCCACGUCAGUCCCGAGAAUCUUUC